CGGAAGUUGAUAUUCGGACAAGUUUGUUUACGCAUGUUUUGGAACUGUCAUUUUAUGUAUUUUCAGAUUUUCAUAGAGUGAUGUCAUCUCGGGGGCGACAGCCUGCUGAUGACUUAAACCUGAGUCUGGCUGGUUCUGGUAUACAUUCAGCAACAUCAACCAACAGGAGCAGGCCAGGAUCAGCCAAACAGUUGAAGAGACCAAAUUCUAUGACAGAUGUUUCGAAAGAGGGUAAAACACAGUCUUCAAGGAAAAAGUCCAGUCAGGGUGAUGGAGGUGGCUUUAGUCACAGAAGUGGAUUCUCUGAUAUUUCAUCAGUGAGUACCAGUAAACGAGGGGCUGCUGCCAGGAAAGGAAAGUCUCCAAGUGAUGACUUCUUGGCAUUAUUUGAGAGUACAGCUCAACCUAAAAUCAAGACUGGAACCAGCAGCAGCAAAAAGCCCACUGGUAAUGCUGUCAAAGUUCUGUGGGAUGAACCAGGCAAUAAGGCCCUGAAAAGUAGAUUUGUUCCAAAAGCAGUAAAUUCAAAGAAAACUAAGCAGAUAUCUCCUAAUAUGGAUGAUGGGGAGGAAUGGCUUACAAAUGAAUCCAACACUCACUCAAUAUUUCAACAGAAAAGUGCCAGAAGUAGUUCUGAUGAGGAAGUAUUCAGUUUUCAUGAGAGACUUUCACAGUCACUGUCUCAAACACAGGAACAUACUGACAGGGGAGAUAAAUCUGACAGAGGAGUAAGUCCAAGACAUAUAAAUAAUAAUAAUCCUAGAAGUUCUAGUCAGAGUGCUAUAGCAAAUAAUAUGACACUCCAGGGUAUGUCAAAAGGUGUGAAAGUCGGUUUAUCAGAUCUAGAAAAUUCUUACCAAAACAUUAAACAUAAAACUCCAGUGAAUCAGACUAGGACAUCACAAAGUGGGACUCAUACAGGUGCUAAUUCUUUAGUAGAGGACCAUAUAAAAAAGUUAAAUUUUGCAGCAUCAAAAAUUCAGCGUUGGUACAAAAGGCAUAGUGCAAGAAAAAAGGCCGGUGCGGCGGCAAUACAGAGAUUGCUGCAGUCAAAGAAACAAGUGUUUGAGGAACAAAGAUUAAGAGAGUCACAAAAUGAUUUCUUUGCAAAAGAAAUGGAAGAGAGGAAGCUUGAAGAGCGGAAAAGAAAUCGUGAGGAAAAAGCAAAGAUGGCAAGACAGGAAGCUAUUAGGGAGUUACAGAGAAAGAGAGAAGAGAAAAGGGAUGAAGUGAAACAGAUAGCAGAGCAGGAGAUUGCCUUUCUGCAGGCAAAUGGAAAAAUAAAGAAAACUGGGCUUGGUAAAAAGAAGGGCGGAAGCAAACCACCAUCUAAGAAAGUGACAGGUGAUAAGGACACGAACAUUAAUACGCAUGAUGAAAGUAGUCCAGAAAGAGAUCACAAGGAAAGCAAUAAUGAUAGAAGACAUGAUGACAGUAUGGAAGAAUACUAUCAGAGCCAUAUGAAGGAUAUAGAAUCCCAUCAGGUAUCAGCAAGGGACAAUGAUGGUGCAAGUAAUGUGACUGCCAGUGAUGCUGUAACCAAGACAACCCUGGAUGAUUUGUUUGAAACCCUGAAGAAACUAGAGGAAGAGGAGCAGUUAGCCAGUGCAAGGCCAGAGAGGAAAAAUGCUUGGUUAGAUGACCUUGAGAAGGGAGACAGUGAUAUUGACAGCCAUAGUUUAAAUGCUGAGAACCUUCAGAAGUUCAACAGUCAGAAAUCUGGGUUACCAACCAAAGAAAGUAUGUUGUCAGAUGAUAAGAUGAAGAGUAUCAUGUCCUUCCUUGACGAGGUUCAGGUUUCUGAGAGACUCAGCACAGUAGAUCAGGAAAUUUCAAAGAUCAAUGCAGACUUGGAAAGAUCUGGUGUGAUAGGUCCGAGUGCAGAGGAGCUAGCCGAGUUGGACCAGGCUAAUGAGAUGGCUUCAGAGGUUACAAACACUGUGAUCAGUCAGAGGCUUGAACUUGAUGAGAAAAAGAGAACAGUAUCCAUGCUGCAGAAAGCUCUUAAUCAGCAACGUGAAUUAACUGUUCGACAUGCAAGAGAGACAGACAAGGAAAUGAAAAGACGAAUAGAAAUUCAGAAAGAUGAAUAUGAAGAAACUAUUAAGAGACAUCUGUCAUUCAUUGAUCAGUUGAUUGAUGACAAGAAGAAUCUUAGUGAGAAAUGUGAGAAUCUGGUGAAGGAGUUAAAGCAGGUGGACAAGAAAUAUCAGGAUCGUUUCAAGGCUAUUACUGACAAACACAGUAUAGAAAUGCAGAAAUUAAAAGAUAUGCAUGAAGCUGCAGAAAAACUACGUAGAGAAAAAUGGAUUGAAGACAAAACAAAGAAAAUCAAGGAAAUGACUGUGAAGGGUUUAGAGCCAGAGAUUCAGCGCUUGAUCGCCAAACAUAAGUCGGAGUUAAAGAAGAUCAAACAGAUCCAUGAGGCAGAGUUACUGGAGUCUGACGAGAGAGCAGCACAGAAAUAUGUCCGUAUGACAGAGGAACUAAGAGACCAGCUAGCCAGUGAGAAAGAAGCUGCGUGUGCCAGAGAAAGGGAACUGGCUAAACAGAGGUACGAAAAACAGAUACAGUCGGAGGAAGAGGCAUACCAGGCGCAGCGACGUCGUCUGCUGACAGAGAUACAGGAAGAGAAGGACCGUCUAGCACAGCAAGCAUCGAGACAGAGAUCUGACCUGGAUAAGUUACAACAACAACUCCAGGAUAAACACUCUUAUGCUCUGGAAGCAAUGAAAACAGAAUUUGACCGAGCAAGGGAAGAGCAGGAAAAUAGACAUGCUACUGAGAUUCGAGAGUUGAAAGAACGUAUGGAGAUUGAAAAACAAACUUGGGAAGAAAAUUACCGUAAGAAGCAGGAGAACUACCUCAUGCAGCGUGAAAGAGAACUUAAGGAUGGAGUGAAGAAAGAUCGUAACAAGGAAAUAGAACUUGUUAUACGACAGUUAGAGGAGGACGCAACAUCACAGCGAGAAGAUUGUGAGAGAGUUGCUGAAAACAGAAUCAAGAGAAUUCGAGAGAAGUAUGAGUCAGAGAUGAGGGAAGUUGAGCGAUCAGAGAAACAAGCACUGGAUAAAUACAAUGAAAUGAAGGCUCGUCUUACAGAAGUAGAUGGUGAAAAUGAAUGUUUUAAAGUUCAGUUGAGACAGAAAGAACAAGAGAUAAAAGAAUUACAGAAGUUGACAGACAAGAUGCAUAAAGAGCGUGACAGAGUAUCUGACAUAAUUCGACAAGAGUUUGCCGAUCGUCUUGUAUUUACUGAUGAGGAGAAUAAACGUAUAAAGACUGAGAUCUCAGAACUGAAGGCACGGCAGAGAAUUGAGCUUGAUAAGGCAAAAGAUGAAAUCGAAGAUAUCAAACGUCAAAAGGAUGAGGAAAUGGAUGAAGUUCACAAACGUGUGAAGCAGGCAAUAGUGAAGAAGGAAGAAGUGGUGACCCAAUUGAAACAACAAUAUCAAGCUGCGUUAAAGCGUGCUGAUCAUCUAGAAGGACUACUUCAGCAACAACGCAAACAAUUGCUAGGCAAUAAAUAGAGAUUUAGACCUUCCACCAAACAAUCUGUAAUUUUAUAAUCUAGAGAGAAAUGUUUACAAACAAUAUUGUUUCAGUCAACUGGUAGCAAGGAAGAUUGUUUCUGUUACUGCCAUAGGUAUUGAAAAAUGCUUCCCACCUCACAGAUACCACAGUUAUUAGCUGUCAGAUUUUUUCGAUGAUAUUAUGUUUAUUGGGGAAGUCAGUAUGGUACCAUAUGAGAAUGUGCCCUUGGUUCACCCAAAGUGAAGACUUUGUCAGUGUCAACAUGUUACUUGUGCAGGAGAAGGAUAAUGGAUAUUGAUAAUGAAACAUACAACAUACAAUAGAGUUGUUAACAGUAGCUCAAUCUUUAAUUUUCUAUUAGGCUUUUGUGGAUUUUGCCAGACCAGUCAAUGAUUAUGCAAGGUUUGAAUCCCCCAAGUGUGAUCCAGCCUUGCACAGUCUACAAGAGCUUAAGUCUUUGCAGUCAUAUGUCUCCACCUAUUCUUUUUUUAUCUUAUACAUUAAUAAUUAUACAGUCCUUCAAAUGAGAACUACUUAUUUACUGGGUCAUCAAUAUUAAUCAAAGUAGUCCAGAUACAGGCAUGAUAUGAGUGAAUUUCCACUUUGUGCAAUAUGGAUGUUGAUUUCUGUCGGUUCAAAAUUACUGUGACAUGUACAAUGUAUUAUGUACAGAAUAUUUAUAGGUAUUUUGUAAAUAUACACCUUGCAAGUUACCAUUGAUUUAUGAAUGUCAAACCUGUGAAUCAACGAAGACCAUCAGUUUUACUCUCCACUGCUGUAUACUACUGUAUUAUAGUUAAACGUUUAUUUCAAGACUUUUACUGCGACAGACCACUUUUAGACACCUUAAUAUAGGUAUUACAUACAAGUUUAGUGAUUUUUCAUUUUCAUUAUAUUUAUUUCCAUGCACUUCAUCAUUGAAAUAGUUUUUAUUUUUAUUGUCAUGAUAUUUGUUUUAGUCCGUCCUUAAUUUCUGUAAAGAUUAGUUGUGACAUGAAAACAGCAUUUGCUUUUAUAUUUGCUAUUUAUUUAUACCUUUAUAUGUAGAAGCUGAUAUAUGUUCAGCAUUAUGAUAGUAUUCUAGCCCAUUCCAUCAUGGUUUGUAUCAUGUACAUCAUGGUUUGUAUCAUGUACAUCAUGGUUUGUAUCAUGUACAUCAUGGUUUGUAUCAUGUACAUUGCUACUUACCAUGCAGCUUCAAGUAUUUGUAGUAAAUAUUGGGGUCAUGCUUACAUUCAGGUCUACAAGAUUGUAUCAAGAUUGUCCCUAAAGUAACCAGGCCUAAAGGAAUUCAAGCCUUAUAGUAAGCUAUGGAACUAGUUGAAAUUUAAUUUAUUUAGUUUUUACUGAUUUACCGGUAUAUAGGCUUGAUUGUGAAGAUGUUUGAUACUUUCAUCAAGUUAAUGUAGAAAACAUUACUAACAAGUUGAAAUUGUAGAAAAGUUAGAUUUAAUUUAACUGCAAAGUAAUGAAUCAAUCUAGAAGUCUUGAGGUCAUGCUGUACCAGAACAAGUCCCUGUACAUACAUGCCAUAAUUUUUCCGGACCUUUCCGGGAUUCUGAGUUAAAAUUUCCGGGAUUUUUACCCUUUGUCCGGGACAUACACAGUGACAUUAGUAUUCGUCUGUUUCAGGCAUAAAUAUCAUAAAAUUAUAUGCAGUUUCCGGAGAUAAACAUUGUUCCCUCGCUUAGGAAUAAUUUGUUGCAAAUGUAGUCUAGCUUUCUAAGGGAGGUAAAUAGGGUAAUUUACGUCUAUAGUUCGGCACGUGAAUUGGUUGCGUUCCCGAGGUGAAAUGAAUUGGGAGACUUGCUAUAUACGAAGAAUUAACCUAGUCAUCGUGAUUUAGAAUCCAGCUUAUUUGGUAUCUUUUUAAAGCUUUAAAGUUUACCUAAUCAUUAAUAAAAUGGAAUCCUCAAAGGAAUGAAAUAAAUCUUGUAGAUAAAAUUGAUAUAAAAUCAGGUUGGGUCAAUUUUCAAGGAUCGGCCGGCAAAGGCAUUCAAUAGUCAAAAGUUUAAUUUAGAAUAUGUGUGACAAUCAAUCUACAUUUUGAAAGAUUACAACCUUUUAAAAUAAUUAUCGUUUAAUUGACCGUUAUCAGCCAUUUCUUCCAAUCAAGGCUACAUGUAGCUUCACCGCCUACGUGCUAACAACGAGAUUUUCGGCUAUUGUUCCUAAUAAUAAAUUAUCAUAAAACUGUUACUGAUUGCAUAAUUUUGUCAAUUCAUAAUCUGGGUCAUCAAAAUAGCUGACUGUAAAUUAAUCUGGGUCAUCAAAAGAUCGCAGUGAGCAAUAUGAGUGGUGAUCGGCGCUAGCUUAAUCAACAUGUGUCCCGCUCGAGGGCAUGAAACUGAUUAUCGGAUAAUUUGGAAUAAACAAUGUGACACCAGUGACUGUUUAUUGUGUUUUAUUCAUGUAAAAUUCAACAAUUUAUAGGCCAAAAAAACUAGUUUUUUGGGGGGUUAUUUUUGUUUUUCUGUAUUUUUAAUUUUCCGGGACAUUUCAACACUGUCCGGGACACCGGGACGAGUAUGUGAUUUCCGGGACAAUCCCGGACAAUCCGGGACGUAUGACAUGUAUGUCCCUGUAAUAGGAUUUACAUCACUCACUAGAGGAUGUAUGCUUUUUAUCUGUGUUUGACAAGAGAUAUGUAAACAUAGACUAGUUGUACUAAAAGAGAUCUACACAAAUGAAAGUUUUCGUCUUUGCUAUCUUUUUGCACCUAAAAUGGUAAUGCGUAAACAAUGCUUUACUGAUAUGGUGAAUGCUCAUGCAUCUAGUGCUUGAUGUGCAUUGUGAACCACAAAUUAAAGCAAUUAACUUGCUAGCAGUACAUUUGAUGAAUGUCUUAUUUGAACACCAAUUAUUUGGCAACAAAUUACAGAUGUAUGAGGUUAUUUUUGCUCUCUCAAUAGACGUCAACUUUUUCAGAAAUCAUGUUUAAGAAAUAAUUUUGUUUUAUACUACUGUGAAAUCAUUAAUAUUCGUGGGGGACUAAUUUUCGUGGAUUUCGUGGUUGAGCAUAUCCACGAAAUUUAAUCCCAACGAACAAGUAAAAUUCCCAUUCAUUUUAUGUUCAAAAGUUGAAAUCCACGAAAUCAUAUCCCCACGAAAUUGCCGUUUUGACAAAAACCACGAAAUUUCAUGCCCACGAAAUUAAAUGAUUUCACAGUAUGUUUCGUAAAGUAGAAUAUAUCCAUAUGGUUUUAUUUUCACCAAAUAUUUACAACCAGUGCAAAUUUUGAUUAUGAACAGUUGGAUUAAAUCAGAAUACUGUUGGAAUUUUAUUUGCCAUAUUGCAGUUGUAAAGCCAUGUAUUUAGCAAUGUUGCAUUCAUACUGUUGAAUUUAUACAAUAGAGUUUUCUAUAUAUUUAUAUGUGCUUUGUUUUGGUUGUUACAUUUGUAGAUUCUAUUAUGCUCUGAAAAAUUAGAUUUAAAUUUCUAAACCAG